AUGAGAUUCUUUGCAAAAGGUAGAGAUAGAUACCCUGGAGGAUUCCUAUUUUAUUGGUAGAUCAAUAGCAGACUCAACCCAAACAAAUAUUUAAAAAAUGAUUAAAUGAUCUAAGAAAAUCUAUUUUAUUCUAUUGAGGAUAUUUCUAAUGAGUUUUAUCUACAUUGCAAAGAAUAUUAACUGAGCAUUUAAUUUUGA